AGCUGUUUUGGACGCUCGACCCGCGCCGCGCUCUAUACGCGACGUUGACGCCGCGCUGAGCCAAGCCGCGUUAAAGGAGCACUGUAGCAGCCCUGCGCUCCGCUGUCAGCGCGACGAGCGGCUCAGCUCCUCGUGAAACCGGAGUUACAGUUGCCUGGCACAAACACGCCGUUGCGCCCGCUACCGCGCCCUACGCACACUAAAACGCCGCCGCGGCGCACCUGACUCAGUAGCGAACGGUAACGUUCGUUACAGAGCCGCCGCGAAGCGACGUCAACACAUUCCUAGCCGCGCCGAGCCGCCGCUAGACCAGAGCACUCGGCAGCCGCCCGACCGAGGCGCGCCGUGCUCCAAAAACCAACCAUGCACAUCCUCGAGGUCAUCAUCGACGGCUUCAAGAGUUAUGCCACAAGAACGGUCGUGAGCGGCUUCGAUCCCGCGUUCAACGCCAUCACUGGGUUAAAUGGCUCCGGCAAGAGCAACAUCCUCGACGCGAUCUGCUUCGUCCUCGGCAUCUCGAACCUCUCCCAAGUACGCGCCGCGAACUUGCAGGAUUUAGUCUACAAGCAGGGCCAAGCGGGAGUCACCAAAGCUUCCGUCACGAUCGUCUUCGACAACUCGGAGAUCAAGAGUUCGCCGGUCGGCUACGAGGGCGAGAAACGCUUAUGUGUCACGCGCGAAGUUGUUGUGGGCGGCCGCAACCGCUACCUCAUCAACGGCAAAGGGGCGCAAGCGUCAAGUGUGGCCAACCUCUUCCAGUCCGUCCAGCUCAACGUGAACAACCCCCACUUCCUCAUCAUGCAGGGCCGCAUCACGAAGGUCCUAAAUAUGAAGCCUCCCGAAAUAUUAAGCAUGGUCGAGGAGGCGGCCGGGACCCGGAUGUUCGAAUCGAAGAAACAGGCGGCCCUCAAGACCUUGGACAAGAAGCAAGCGAAAGUCGACGAGAUCGACCGGGUUUUAGCUGCGGACAUUACGCCUACUUUAGAACGGUUACGGGAGGAAAAAAGUCAUUACUUGCGGUGGUCGGCGAACGCCGCUGAAGUUUCUAGAUUGGAGCGCUUUUGUGUGGCGGCCGAGUACGACGAGGCCGAGAAGAACGCGGCGGUGGCGGGCGAGGGUCUGGCGCGGCGUCCUUGCGUUCCCUUCAUUGGACGACGCGUCGAUGGCGUGGCGGUGGCGCCUUCGUAUGGACGGCGCCGACGCGUCGAUGGCGCCGUCGCCGCGACACGAUGAUGACAAUCGCAACACGCAGGCGCCGCCAAGGCCGAACGAGAAGCCCAGGCCCUCGAGCAGGAAGCCGCGUCAAAGGCCGACGAGGCCGAGGCCAAGAAGGCCCAGGAGGCCAAAUGCCGCGCGAAGGACGGUGCUGCUGGUCUAGCUUCCCAAAGACGCAAGGAGCUCAAAAAAGCCGUCGACGACGCGUCGACGGAGGUCGCGCGGCUCGAGGCGGCCCAGAAGGGCGCGCAAACGGCUUUUGACGCUGAUGACUCUAGACUGAAGGGCGAGGCCGACGCGGCCGCGGACAACGAGCGCAUUGAAUCGGCCAAAAAAGAAGAAGUCGCAUUAUGUGAACAAGCUGUCGAGGAGUGUUCUACGGAGAAGGAUGAGGCCGACCAAGCGUGGAACGAGGCCGAGACGGUCCACAAGGAGGCGCUCGCCGGGAAAGGCGCGACUGACACGAAGUCCGUCUCUGAACAAUUGGCGGCCCACAAGGACGCUCAGAGAACCGCGCGCGCGACCCUCAAGAAGUGCGACGCCAAGCAGUCGGCCCUCGAGAAGCGUAGGGAGCAAGCUGCAGAACUGGCGUCCAAGUACGCGUCUUCGGCUAAAGGUUUGAAGAAAGCUUUCUCGGCCUGUGAAGAGAAAGUAUCUAAGUGUCAAUCGAAGGUGGAUGAGCAUUCAGCCACGUCGCCCGGUGAUGCGGAUGCUCUACAGAGGCAGGCGAAGGAACUUUCCCAGAAAGCGCGCGAGUGCUCGCAGCGCGCCCAACGGACGGAAGCGCAACUCAAAGCGAGACUGAAAUUUGAUUAUGAGCACCCGGGCAAGGGCUUCGAUGCGGAGAAGGUGCGGGGUGUGUUAGCAUCACUAGUCACGCCUUGCGACGGGAAAUACGCCGCGGCUCUGGAGGUCGUGGCUGGCGGUAGACUGUACCAAGUGGUCGUAGAUGACGAGAAGACGGGCAAAGCGUUGCUGGAGCGGGGCCAGUUGCGUCGACGAGUGACAUUAAUUCCGUUGAACAAAGUGCGCGCGGGUAGAUUGGACGACAAGCGGUGCGCGCGCGCGUCGAGUGUCGCGAAGAAGGCCGGCGGGAGUGCCCGCAUCGCAUUGGAGUUCGUCGGCCACGAAGAACACGUGAAGAACGCCGUCGAAUAUGCCUUUGGGGGGGCUCUCGUGUGCGACAGCAUGGACGUCUGAUUGCGGCGUCCCGUACUCGCCUCCAUCUCACGAUGACGUGGGUGGUCUCACUUUUGAUUUUGAGCGCAUUUCGGGAUACAUGUCACACACAGGUCGCGCGCGCGGUCGCGUUCGACUCGGGUGUCAAAGCUAGAUGUGUGACAUUAGAUGGAGAUGUGUGUGACCCUCGCGGGACGCUGUCGGGCGGGUCUCGGUCGGGCAACCUGGGAGCUUGCCUCGGAUUGGUCGUGGCCUUACACCAGCAGCAAUCGGAAGCCUCGGAAGCGUCGCAACGAGCCCGGGAGGCCUGUGCGCUAGCGGACGCUUCAGCAAAGCACGCCAACGAGCUGCGGACGCUCACGUCGGCGUUGGGCGUCGCGACCGCGGAGUUAACCGCUGCUCGCGAGGAGCUUGAAGCUUCCGACGCCGGUUCCGCCGUCGUCAAGUUAGAAACGCUAGACAAGGAGCUGCAGCAACUCGAGGACGACCGCCAGGACGCUCUUAAGACAGAUGAGGAGUCUUCAGCCAAAUUGGAGGCCCUCGAGCGCGACGGCAAAAAAAUAGAACAGGCUCGACGCCAGGAGCUCGAGAAGCUCAACAAGGCCGCGAAGGCGGCGAAGAAGGGCGCGGACCAGGCGAAGAAGGCCCUGUCCGAGGCCGAGAAGCGUCUGAAGAAGGCGCGCGCCGAGCUCCAGGCGCUCGGUGCGGACGCGGCGUCGUCACUGAACUUGAACGUGACUUGGUAUUGAAGAUGGCGUCCUCGCGUCGCCUCGAUGUCGUCGACGCGGCCGCCAGAGCGCCUCGUAAGAGAGUCGCGGUCGUGUCGCGACGGUGCCGUUCCCACAUAGGUGAUGAGAGAAGCGCCUCGGGCACGUCCCUCAAAGGUCUGGAGAAUGCCUUGAAUGCGUCCAAGAGAGCGUUGGAGCGCGCCGACAAGGCCCUGAGUGAAGCUUGCGCUGUCCGAGACGAGGCCCAGGCGGGCCUCGACGAAGCCGCGGCGGAGCUCGACGCGGCCGAGUCCGAGGCGAGGCAAUUAGGCGAGGAGGCUACCGCCGCUCGGAAACGGGCCGCGGCCUGCGACGUCGAGGCCAAGAAAGCGACGCACACGGCCGCUCGACUCAAAACGGAGGCGUCCAAUGCCGCGCGUAGGGUCGAGUCAUUAACGGAAAAGCACACGUGGAUCCCCCACGAGAAGGGCUUCUUCGGCUGUGCGGGCGGGGAUUAUGAUUUCGCGGCGCGCGAGGGCGGGGCCGCUCGAGCUCGAGCGGACCUCGACAAGCUCGAGCGCGCCCAGGACAAGCUCGCUCGCAAAAUUAAUAAGAGGGUCAUGGGCAUGAUCGAGAAGUCGGAACGGGAUUACGAUGAUCUCACGGCGAAGAAAGCUACUGUUGCCAGAGACAGAUCCAAAAUAGAAGCGGUCAUUUCGGAACUAGAAGUGAAGAAGCAGGAGACGCUCGAGGCGCGGACGCCGCGUCUGUACUUUUCAGAGCGUCCACGCGGUUCCGCGACGGCGUCGCUCCCGCGCAGGCCACGUGGCAGAAGGUGAACCGCGACUUUGGCUCGAUAUUUAGCUCGUUGCUACCGGGGGCGCAUGCUAAAUUGGAGCCGCCGGAGGGCGCGACUUCAGUGCUAGAUGGGUUAGAAGUGAAAGUCGGCUUCGGCGGCCUCUGGAAGGAGUCGCGGGCUGUGUGGAAUCAACCCAUCGCCGCACGCGCCGUAAAUUUGCUUUCCACGCAGGUCGCUGUCCGAGCUGUCGGGCGGGCAACGCUCAUUAAUAGCCCUCUCGCUCGUCCUGGCCAUGCUCCUCUUCAAGCCGGCGCCCAUGUAUAUUCUGGAUGAGGUCGACGCGGCCCUCGACCUGUCCCACACGCAGAACAUCGGCGUGAUGUUAAGGGCCCACUUCAAGGCGUCGCAGUUCAUCGUCGUGUCGCUCAAGGAGGGCAUGUUCAACAACGCGAACGUCGUCUUCCGGACGAAGUUCGUCGACGGCGUGUCGACGGUCGCGCGGACGACGACGAAGCACAACACGUCGGCGAAGCGCGCGAAGAAGUAGGUGCGUCUUUCCCCCCCUCCCGGGGCGUAGCUAAGUCGGUCCCGACGAAA